CCCACUGUAUUCACCGAACAGAUGAAAGAUGAAGCCUGCUCGGCCAGACCGGAUCACUCAAUACGGAUAGCGAUGGUUCCCCCUGUGCAAGUGACUAGCUCUGGUCGGAUGGUGACAUGAAAUCUCCUGAUGCGCUUAGCGCGUACUGUGGGGCUUCGCAGUAUUAUCACUAUUGGCUUUAAUCCUAUAAUUACAUCCCGUAUAUAACACAAGUCAGCUGUGUUAGAUUAUAUAUUGCACUGGCUGUCGUCUGCUCCUUUGUCUUUUCGCUUUCAAGCGCAUUCAGCUGCUCUAUUCAUUGCAGAGUCGUCAUGAGUCUCCAACUCGUCCUCCUCGCACUGAUCACCAGCGCAUUCGGCCUCAUCUACGAAAAAUUCUCCGACCUACCAACAACAGAUUUUGAUUUUAUCAUUAUUGGCGGUGGAACUGCAGGAAACGUUCUCGCGAAUCGUCUUACUGAGCAGCCGGAUAUAUCUGUUCUUGUCAUUGAAGCUGGCGCAUCCACCGCCGAUGUCCUUGUGUCCGAAGUUCCAUUCUUCUGCCCGCAGGCUGUCCCUCAAACACCGUUGGACUGGAAUUAUACCACCAUUCCCCAGGCGGGGCUCAAUAAUCGUCCGAUCUCCUACCCACGAGGAUUUGGAUUAGGCGGAAGUAGUGCCGUUAACUUUAUGGUAUAUACUCGCGGAUCUUCCCAAGACUAUGACCGUUAUGCUGCCAUUUCGGGUGACGAGGGUUGGUCCUGGGACAGCCUUCAACCUUAUAUCCGCAGGGCCGAACGCUUUGUCCAGCCCGCCGAUCAUCACAAUACCACUGGUCAAUUCAACCCAGAGGUGCAUGGUUUCGACGGCAUACUGUCUAUAACGCUGCCUGGGUACCCGCGCGGAACAGACCAGCGCGUCAUUCAGACCACAUCAGACCUAGCCGAUGAAUUUCCGUUCAACCUUGACAUGAACUCGGGCUACCAGCUCGGUGUCGGAUGGAUGCAGACGACGGUCGGCAAUGGCACCAGAAGCAGCUCAGAAGUUUCAUACCUCGGCGCCAAGUACAUCAGCCGUCCCAACCUACACGUCCUGAUACACACCCACGUUACGCGCAUCCUUCAGUCUGGCAGUAAUCACUCCAAGAGCAAUGGCAAUAACACUCCUAAAUUUGAUCUCGUGGAGUUUACCCAGGAUUCCGGAGUAACCAAGCAGACGCUCUCCCCAUCGAAAGAGAUCAUCCUCUCAGCAGGGUCCCUUAACACCCCGAACAUCUUGCUGCACUCCGGCAUCGGCGACUCCGACGAACUCGCCACUGUCGGCAUCGAGUCGACCGUUCAUCUCCCGGACGUGGGGAAGAACCUCACAGAUCAUCCGCGAUGGGUGCUCAACUGGCUCGUCACGGACACGGACACGCUCGAGAACGUCUACUUCCGGAACGAGACGUACCAGGAGGAGGUCCUUGACCAGUGGCUGUACAAUCGCACUGGUUUCCUGUCGAGCAUGCCGACGAGUCAGCUUGGGUGGUUGAGGGUCCCCGAUGGCACGUUGGCGAUUGACCCGUCUGCCGGGAACGAGACUGCUCAUUUCGAGCUUAUCUUCUCUAACGGGAUAUACCACGCGCCAUUCCCCCCGACGGGCGAUUAUUUCGCGAUCAACACCGUUGUUCUGUGCCCUCUUUCUCGUGGCUCCGUGACGAUCAACAGCACGGACCCCCUCUCACCGCCCGUCGUCGACCCCGCCUUCUUCUCGAACCCGCAAGACAUCGAAGUCAUGCGCCAGGCUGUCGCCAAGGCGCAGGACUUUGUCAAGGGUCCGGCGUGGGACGGGCAUAUCAUUGAGUUGGUGACCAACACGACGGAUGAUGAUAUUAGGAACGGGAUCACUAGCAUAUAUCAUCCGCUGAGUACGGCGAGCAUGUCGCCACGCGGGGCGGACUGGGGCGUCGUCGACCCCGAUUUCGUGUUGAAAGGCGUCGAGGGCGUGAGGAUCGUCGAUGCUAGUGUUUUGCCGAAGCCUCCGGCGGGGCAUACGCAGGCGGCGGUGUACUUUUUCGCGGAACGCGGGGCGGAUCUAAUCAAAAAGAGCUGGGGCAUACCGAUUUGAGUGAACUCUGAUUUUUUGUACGUGAUGGUGUAUAUAAAUAUUUUUGUAUUGUUACUCUAUCUUGGAAUUCAAUUAAUGAGCAAGCCGGAGCGGGUCGGGGCGGGGUUGCUG